AUGCUUCGAAUUCAACUAAAGAAGCAGACUUCUGAUGUCGGGGCGGCAAUAAAGUCUCUUCCGGUUGAGACCGUCACCGUUGCUUGCCCUGACCACCUUGUCCUUGCUGAUCUUCCCGUAGCCAAGGGCAUUGGAGCAGCCACCGCCGCUACUGUGGUGAAGAAUGCCGGCCGGAGGUCCCGUCGCCAGCUCGGAGAGCGAGUGCACUUCUGCGUCCGAUGUGAUUUUCCAAUCGCUAUCUAUGGUCGCCUGAGCCCUUGCGAGCAUGCAUUCUGUCUUGACUGUGCUAGGAGUGAUUCAAUCUGCUACCUAUGUGACGAGCGCAUUCAGAAGAUUCAAACAAUCAAAAUCAUGGAGGGCAUCUUUAUCUGUGCAGCUCCUCAUUGUCUCAAGUCUUUCCUGAAACGAACCGACUUCGAGUCUCACAUUCACAAGAGUCACACAGACCUUCUACAGCCAACUGCAGAGAAUGACAUUGACAACGAAUCAGAGGUCCAGAGUGCUAAACAACCUGCACCAACCGAGUCGACUGCUCGAGCUCCCCCAAGGACCGGUUCGAAUUCUCAGCUUCUUGAUACUGAAGAGAAAGCUCGUAGCAGUAGGCAGCAACCUAGAGAACAACAACACCAACCACUUCAAAGGCCUAUGAUGCCCAAGCCACCACCAUUUUAUGGACAAGGCCCUAAUUACCUGUCUGCAGAUCCACAGAGCGACAGCUCUCGUCCUCCAGGUUUCGACCGACCAAAUUUUCUAGUUCCGAUGAUGCCUCCUCCCCAAUUCGGCCUCUCUCCAUUUCAACCACCUGAUGGAGGUCAGCCCUUCUACGGUGGGCCCUUCGAGAUGGGGCAGAUGGCUGGUAGGCCCGAUUCAGGAGCAGAAGCUGGAGCGGAACAAGGUUCGUUGUUGGGGUUCCCACCGGGUGGUAUGAGCUUCAUGGGGAAUUAUCCCCCGCCUCCUUGGAAUAUGGGUCCGACGCCAGCUGGAAGUCAAGGAAUGUCGGAGGGUUUUUUGAAUCCGUCGGAGUCUCAGGGGAACGUAAAUGUUGGAUUCUUUCAGGGGGACUAUGGAAGACAUAUUCCAGGGGUCCCGCCACCGGUUCCUUCUCCUCAAUCGGCUGGCAUUAAGGGGAUGGAAGGUGGUGGUGGGAUGGAUUAUGGGAGGGAUGGGAAGGGGAUACUGUCCGCGGCGCCACAGCAACAAGCGUAUCUUCACCCGCCUCCGCCGCCCCCAUUGCCUCACCCUUCGCAGAACAAACGAGGGAAGUACUAUUCAGGUGAUGGUGGUCAUGAUGGACAAGGUUUUGGAUGGCAGUCAGAGAAUCGUGAUGGAUUUGGCAGUGGCCAAGAGUAG